AUGGACGCAGUAUCGGCCUAUAGCUUCUCGUCCCUGCUCUGGCUCUCAACCCAGGCGAUCCCGCUCAUCGUCUGGCCGCAAGCCAUCAAUGGGCUUCUGACUAUUGACAAGGGCAUCAUGGAGCCGGCGAGCGGCGUAGAGAACUACUUUGCCCGGUCCCUGGGCUUUGCGCUCCUCGCGCUAGGUGCCGUCACGGUGGUACUGUCGGGGGCGUUGCCGUUGAAUAGCAUGGUCGAGAGUAAGAAGCCGCUCUCCUUCCCCCCCUCUCAUCCAAGAACGCAAGGCCUUGGUUGUGUAAAUGCCCAGACUAACCUCUUUGAUCUUUUCGUUUAUAUAGCACCAACCGAAGGCAUCUCGCCCUAUGCGGCCGCAACACUGCUCAUCACGACGCUGCAUCACGGAUCUGCUGCGUUUUACUGCUGGACCAAGCACAACGAGACGGGGCAGACGGGUUUCUUACUGGGGUUCGUGGGCAGCGCUGGCCUCGCCGCGUUUGGGACCUGGUGUCUGCUGUUUGGCGGCGAGAAGGCGAGAAUCUCGCGCCGUACUGGCGCCGACAAGCGGACCAGCGGCUGGCCUUUCCCCAAUGCCGAGGCCGACAAGCGCAAGCAGAAGAAGAAGGGUCUGUAG